UUCUGUGUGCAUCCUGGCCUAAACCUCUACUUCUGAUCCUUGCCAGCUUGGAUUUUAUGUGUGUCAGAAUCACAAGAUAAUUUCAAGAAAAGAUAUGGGACUACUGAUUGGGUUCCACAUAAUACAAACGAUCACAAUAUUAGCUACUCCAAUGCAGAAGAUAACUUAGGAUACCACAUGAAAGACAGAAGUCAUCCUCUGACUGAAGGGGAUGCAAGUGGUGGUAAGGAUCCUACUUAUUUUGCCCCAUAUUCACAUUCUGAGAGGUUCCAGCAUUUUGCCAGCAGAGAAAGUGUUCGAAAAUUUAAGAGCAGCUCUGAUGUUAAUGAUUCAGAGAGUAGUCUUUCAGAAAAACUUCAUAAUGUUAGAAUGGAGGAGGCAAAAUUAUUUGUUGAACUCCUGAGACAAGUUCACUAUAAGAACCUAAGAGCUAAAAGCAAAUACAAGAUUCAAAGAAAACUGAACUACAACCUUCACUUUUCAUCAGACGAAAGUCCAUCACAGUACCCAGCUGGAAAGGCAAAUGAACAAAGUGUGGGAGAUGAUAAUAGCCACAGUAUAUCCAAAAGCAUGAAAGAUUCUGAACUGAAACAUCUUCCCACAAGUAAAACAAUGGACAAAUAUUUUUCUAGUACAGAUGAUGAAUCUGAUGGGCACUAUAUGUGA